AUGCCUGAUCAUUUUUGUCUGCUCGCUGCUCUUAUUCUGAUUUUCUCCAUUCUAUCACCAUUUAAUGGUGUUGACGCUGCUCCAAUAUCCAGAGUCUCCUCUUCCGAUCUAUCCCAUGUGCCUAACGGACUCAUGAAACCCCGGUACAUUCUUCCCACUUCCACAAACAGGUCGUCAGACUGUGAAGUGAGAGUGGAGACAGUGGAGGGUUACCUAGUAUCCACUCCUUAUGUGGUCGUAGUCAAAGGCUCAGCUGGUUUGGUCGGUUUCGUGCGACUCAUGUAUAAUGACCUUCGAGAUAUCCCGGUCGCAAUUAGCAUCCAAAUCAACAUUGGGCCCUCGGUUCUUGUUUCAUUCUUCGUUGUACUCUUGCUCGUUGCGGGUCUAGGCUUUGUAUCAGGGCCUGAGGACGAGAACGACCACGAGGGUGAAGAUCAUGAUUGCUAUGCUUGCAAUCAUUGUGAUCUAGAAGAGAAAGUGGUCACAAAGGACGGGAAGAUGUUGCAUGUCGACGGAAUAACUACCGCGCACGCGUACGGGUACAGCAUUGGUUAUAACUUUAUAUUGUCGUUCCGCACCUUUUUCUUGCCAUCUGCAUCUCUCAUGGCGGAAUGUUUGAAUGAAUCUCACGUGAGCGCGUAUCCUGGGAACGUUGACGCAUUGACGGGUACUGGUGGUACUCACACGACGUCGACCUCCUCCGAGUCUUCAAGCCUCAAUAUUCAUCAAAGAUCUGGUGAACGAGCCCUCCUGGUCCCAUGCGCUAAGCCUACGCUGAAGACGUGCGGGUCUUUGUAA